AUGGCUGAACAGGAAACGUCGACGUACAAGAUCCGAUACGCCACGGAGCGCGACGUCCCCGUGAUCCUGCAGCUGAUCCAAGAGCUGGCCAUCUACGAGAAGGCGCUGCAUGAGGUCUUUGCGACGGAGCAGUCGCUGCGAGAAUCGCUGUCGUUCCCGCUCGACCCGGCGGACCUGGACAAGGGCUUCACAGAGGGCUAUGCGAAGACCCUGCUCAUCUGUCCUCCUGCCGAUGUCUCGUCGAGUGCUAAAGAGCAGGAGGAGGUCGCAGGCAUGGCCCUGUACUUCCACAACUACUCAACCUGGCACGCCCGGCCGGGCAUCUACCUGGAAGACCUGUUCGUGCGGCCCUCGCACCGCGGCCGGGGCUACGGGACGGCGCUGAUCCGCGCGCUGGCCAGGGAGUGCCGCCGCCUCAACUGCAGGCGGCUCGAGUGGUCCGUCCUGAAGUGGAACACGCCCAGCAUCGACUUUUACCAGGGCGCCAGCGUCGGCGCCACCAGGAUGGAGGAGUGGGUUGGCAUGAGAGUCGAGGGGGACUGGCUGGAGAGACUGAGCAGGAUGGUUGAGGGAACGGGAACGUCAUAA